GCGGCGGGCAGCGCGGAGCGGGCCGGGUGGCGCGGUAGCUCCGGGCGACUGCGGGGGCGUCCGCAGAGCCCGGGUCCCGUGGGGCCGCGGCGGGGCGGCGCCCGGCCCGCGAUGACUUCGCCGCCUUCCGCCCGCAAGGGCUUCUACCGCCAGGAGGUGACCCAGACGGCCUGGGAGGUGCGCGCCGUGUACCAGGACCUGCAGCCCGUGGGCUCGGGGGCCUACGGCGCCGUGUGCUCGGCCGUGGACAGUCGCACGGGCACCAAGGUGGCCAUCAAGAAGCUGUACCGGCCCUUCCAGUCCGAGCUCUUCGCCAAGCGCGCCUACCGCGAGCUGCGCCUCCUGAAGCACAUGCGCCACGAGAACGUGAUUGGGCUGCUGGAUGUGUUCACUCCUGAUGAGACCCUGGAUGACUUCACAGACUUCUACCUGGUGAUGCCAUUCAUGGGCACUGACCUGGGCAAACUCAUGAAGCAUGAGACACUGAGUGAGGACCGAGUCCAGUUCCUGGUGUAUCAGAUGCUAAAGGGGCUGAGGUAUAUCCAUGCUGCUGGUGUCAUCCACAGGGACCUGAAGCCUGGCAACCUGGCUGUGAACGAGGACUGUGAGCUGAAGAUCCUGGACUUUGGUCUGGCCAGGCAAGCAGACAGUGAGAUGACAGGGUAUGUGGUGACCCGGUGGUACCGGGCCCCUGAGGUCAUCUUGAAUUGGAUGCGCUACACACAGACAGUGGACAUCUGGUCGGUGGGCUGCAUCAUGGCGGAGAUGAUUACAGGGAAGAUACUGUUUAAGGGCAACGACCACCUGGACCAGCUGAAGGAGAUCAUGAAGGUGACAGGGACACCUCCUGCUGAGUUUGUGCAGAAGUUGCAGAGUGCUGAGGCUAAGAACUACAUGAAGGGCCUCCCUGAGCUGGAGAAGAAGGAUUUUGCCUCUGUCCUGACCAAUGCAAGCCCUCUGGCUGUGGAUCUCCUGGAGAAGAUGCUGGUGCUGGAUGCAGAGCAGCGGGUGACGGCGGCUGAGGCACUGGCCCACCCAUACUUUGAAUCCCUGCACGACACAGAGGACGAACCCAAGGCCCAGAAGUAUGACGAUUCCUUUGAUGAUGUGGACCGCACCCUGGAUGAGUGGAAGCGUGUCACUUAUAAAGAAGUGCUAAGCUUCAAGCCUCCCAGGCAGCUGGGUGCUAGGGUUCCCAAGGAGACGGCCCUGUGAAGACCCCUGGGUGACAUAGGGAUAUGCUAAGAACUCUGGCUGGGAGCCUCAUGCCUUAGCCUCCCUUCACUGGGAGGGAUCCUGAUUAUCACUGUGGCCUUGCCUGGAACUUACAUCCUAGGGCAGCUGCUUGGAGAGGCCGAGUAGACCCCCUCCGUGAGUGGACUCCCUCUUUUCCCACGUCUGUAUCCCUGCUCUUGGGUGCUCCCAGAGCAUCUUGACCUUAGGUGACCUUGGAGCAUCUUCGCUGUCUGCACAGUACCUCUACCUAUCCUGGAAUGGAACACAAACUCCCAUCACCUCCUGUUUCCCUGGGACAGUCGGCUUUAUAGCUGGCCUUGGGCCUUGGGCUCUGGAGCAGUAGUCCCUUCCAACAGGGCGCAGCAAAAAGCUCAGAGAUGUUAUGGCUCAGGGUCAAGUGCUGGCCUCUGAGCCCUGCCUGCUCUGGACUGUGCAGAGGUCAGCUCUCAAGAAAAGGAGAGGAAGGGCAGUGGGCUUUGACUCAGGGACAUCAUCUCUCCUGGGGAUGGUCAUCAUGGAUUCUCCUGCAAACCCAAGCUGGAGUGUAAACCAGACAUUUGGUGUGCCCAUCUGGCCAGAAGGAAAUAAACCCUUUUGUAGACCUUCCA